UUGUCAUCAGUUCAUCGCACAAAUGCAUCAUUGUGCAAUUUCAGCGCACUGGAAAGACCUUCUGCUUCCAUCGCGGACUUUGGAGAGUUCCAGUACUUCUUGCUAGCUGCCCAAGGUCUUGUAUGGAUCAUGGUAUUCUUUGGUAUCUGUUUCGGCGUAAGAUGGCUAGGAAAGGUAAUCCCAUUUUUGUUUAUGGCGGCCUUUAGCAUGAUGUUGGCGCUUCUGAUUCGAGCUAGCACCAUGGAUGGUCUGGUGAAUAUCUUCAAUAUCUAUAUCAACUCGACCGACUGGAAUAAACUGGCAGAUUACAAAUUGUGGAAAAUCGUGUGCGAACAGGCAAUUCUAGCUACAGGGAUAGGUUUUGGUGCAUUCAUCACCAUGGGUUCAUACAACAGAAGAUCGAACAACCUUGUUGGCGAUUCAAUCCUAAUUGUUCUUGGACAUGCGUUCUUGACGAUAAUGCAGGUGAUUACCGUGGUCGGAUUGGUCGGAUUCGUCAUCUCAAAGACGGGCUUAACUCCAUUCGAUGUCAUGGACAAAUACCUCUUGUCGUUGUCGGUGCUAGCAACUCUCGAAGACGCACUGGGUGACCGCUGGUCACGGUGUUUUCCGCGCUUCGUGCUGGCUCUGUUCGUUUGCUGUCUCUGCUUUGCCAUCUCACUGUAUUUCGCCACGCAGGCUGGACGCCAUGCAUAUGAAUUGGUGACCGGGUUCUUAAAAUACGUCACAAUUUUUGUAAUUCUCACCUUCGAACUAUUCGCGACCGCUUGGUUCUAUUGUGCACAUCGACUUGGUAUGGAUCUACAUGCAAUGUUGAGAAACGCUUGUUGUUGGUGUUUCGGUCAUUUCAUUCUAUUCUUCACAUACCUCCUGCCAGUGCUACCAGCGGCGGUGGCGUUGCUGAACCUUCACGACUACGACUUCUCCAUAUUCUCGCCGGCCAUCCAUUCUUGGCCGUAUUCAGAAUGGGUUGGAGCCGCUGUUGCCCUGGGACCACUUCUGCCGAUUCCGCUUGUGCUAUUCUUCACAAUAUUGGGAGCAUGUUGUUGUCGCGGAAAGCAAGGAUAUACCAGGGGACAGCGGUUACGCAACGUGUUCGCAUCAAAUCUCCGAAGAGAUCAUCGGGAUAAAUCGGCUCCACAUCCGCGCUACACAUCCUCAGCGCCAGGCUACCUUCUGUUACCUCAAGCACCACUUGCGGAACCGGAGACGUAUGCAUAG